AUGUUCAAACUAACCCAACCCUCGUCUUCCCGUACCUGUCGCCGCCUAUCUUCAUCACUUCCUCUACGAGGCAUAAACGCUUAUUCCACCAAGUCAGAACAGCCAAAGCACGAGUCCAAAUCGAAACCCAAGCAUGACAACCUCCCGCUCAGCACCAGCGGCCCUAUCAACUGCGCACUCAGCGGCACAUCGCUACUAAACACGCCUUAUCUCAACAAGGGUUCUGCUUUUCCUCCAGAUGAGCGUCGCAUGUUCAACCUCACGGGUUUGCUGCCCCAGGGCGUUCAGACGCUUGACCAGCAGUGCAAGCGAGCUUAUGAGCAGUACUCUUCGCAGCCUGAUGACUUGAGCAAAAACACUUUUCUCACUUCUCUCAAGGAUCAGAAUGAAGUCCUCUUCUACAAGCUACUUCAACUCCAUCUUGAUGAGAUGAUGAGUAUAGUCUAUACCCCAACUGAAGGCGAUGCUAUCCAGAAUUACUCUCGCCUUUUCAGACGACCAGAGGGUUGCUAUCUCAACAUCCAAGACCCAGAUCACGUACACAAUGACCUUGCGCAAUGGGGAAAUUCUGAUGAUAUUGACUACAUUGUCGUAUCUGACGGCGAGGAAAUCCUCGGCAUUGGUGACCAAGGCGUUGGCGGCAUUCUCAUCGCCGUUGCCAAACUAGUUUUAACGACACUCUGCGCCGGUGUUCAUCCCAACCGAACCCUUCCCGUAGUCCUCGACUGCGGCACAGAUAACGAGGAUCUCCUCAACGAUGAGCUGUAUAUCGGCCUGAAGGAGAAGCGUGUUCGCGGUGAAGAGUACGCCAAGUUCGUCGACACAUUUAUUCAAUCAGCCAGGAAGCUCUAUCCAAAGGCCUACAUUCACUUUGAGGAUUUUGGACUAGACAACGCGAGGAAACUGUUGGAACGCUAUCGCCCUGACUUUGCCUGCUUCAACGACGAUGUGCAAGGAACUGGCUGCGUGACUCUCGCAGCUGUCAUGUCAGGUCUUCAUGCCAGUAAACAAGAGCUUAAGGAUGUCCGCAUGGUCGUGUUUGGAUCCGGCAGCGCCGGUCUAGGUAUUGCGGACCAAGUCCGAGAUGCCAUCGCCACAGAGGGAAACAUGAGCCAUGAGGACGCAGCAGAGCAGAUCUGGUUGAUCGACAAGCCUGGCCUGCUAACCUCAGAAACCGAAGGGGUCACUGAUUCUCAAAAGAUCUUUACCAAGGAUGCUUCGGAGUGGAAAGACAAGGACACUGAUCUUCUAUCAGUGAUCAAGGAAAUCCGGCCCAAUGUUCUUGUUGGCACAUCUACCAAGCCCGGUGCCUUUACCGAGGAUGUCAUCCGUGCUAUGGCUGAGCAUCACGAACGCCCUAUUGUCCUUCCUUUGUCCAACCCUACACGCCUUCAUGAGGCCAAACCCGAGGAUAUCCUGAAAUGGACAAAUGGAAAGGCGCUCGUGGCGACCGGCUCGCCUUUCCCAGCUGUCAAGGGCCCAUGGGGUGAAGACGGGUCUGAGAUCACCAUCAAGGUUGGCGAGUGCAAUAACUCAGUUGUCUUCCCUGGAAUCGGUCUCGGGUGCGUCCUCUCACGCUCCAAGCAUCUGACAGAUCGCAUGCUUGUCGCCGCUGUGGAAGGGGUUUCCUCGAUGAGUCCUGUGCUCAAAGAUCCCACAGCGCCUCUUCUUCCGGAUGUAGGUUCUGUCAGGGAGGUAAGUGUUCGUAUUGCUCGCAAUGUGAUACAAGCGGCUGUCAAGGAUGGCGAGGCUACACAAGAGGGUAUCCCUGAAAAGGACGAGGAUCUAGAGGACUGGAUCAAGGAGCAGAUGUGGGAUCCCGAGUAUCGACCGUUGAAGAAGGUGGACCUAGACAGUGCCACGAGGGAGGCUAGAGGUGAACUCAAAAAGGCCGGGACCGUUCAUCGAAGUGGUCACACAUAA